UUUUCCUUUAUAUUUUCAGGGUGGAAACAUCCUAGAAGACCUUGAUCUGCAAGAAAUUGGCAUCAAAGACCCCAAACAUCGGCGGCAGAUCCUGGAAGCUGCGAAAUCUCUGCCGAAAGUCAAACCAAUAAGUGCUGAUAAUAUGCCCGGCUCCGUCGCGGAAUGGCUGCAGUCAUUACGGCUGAUUGAUUAUUGCGAUACUUUUAUAUCUCAUGGCUUUGACCAGAUGGAACGAGUACGACAGUUAUGGGAGCUGGAGUUGACCACAGUGUUGGACAUUGGCACACUGGGCCACCGCAAGCGGUUGCUGGCAUCGUUAGGUGAGAAGCAAGUUCCUGUUCCAGAUGUGACUGGCAAACACAUACAAGACGAGUCGGUCCAUAUACGACCUCCCCAUUUAGCACAAUCAACCAGUCCUGUGAAGCAGUGGUGUCAUAAACCAGAGGUGCUUAUCAAAGGGUGCUGUAAUUAUAUUGCUCAGUAUCUUGGUUCAGCUGUCGUUUGGCAGUUAAAUGGCAUUGAUUCAACCCGUGAAGGGAUUGCCAAGAUGAAGAAAUCUACCGAAAACAUGGCCAGUGUGUCUUCGAUAACGCUGUCCAUUUCAUACAAAGGAGUGAAAUUUAUUGACGCUGAAUCCAAACGUGUUGUGUGUGAACAUGAAAUCUGUAAUAUAUUCUGUGCAUGCCAAGACAGUGAAAACUUAAACUUCUUCGCGUAUAUCACGAAAGACAAAGAAUUCGACAAGCAUUAUUGUCAUGUCUUCUGUGUACGUAGUACGGACUUGGCACGUAACAUAAUACUCACCCUGGGGCAGGCUUUCGAAAUAGCCUACCAGAUGGCUUUGAAGGAGAAGGCCGAAGAGGAGGCUUUGGAGUUUGAACGGAAGCUGAGCCUUGGUAAGUCCGACUACGCAGCCCACAGUUCGAGUACUUCUCACACAUCUCAAGGAUUUGCAUAGCUGGCACUCACACAGAACUACAAGUGAUAUGAAUAAUAUCAAGGCUAAACAACAUACAAAACUCAGGGUGUGAAGCAGUAAUCGCUGAACCGUGACGACCUUCUCUGGAGACUGAAUAUAGACGACAACAACAACAACAAAAUGAAAAAUAAACAAAAAAAAAGAACGAACAAAACUAAAGGAAAUAACCAACUAUAUCAACCCCUCCCCCGAACUUUCUCCGGCUGCAGCUGCAGAGCCUUCGAUCCGAAUUGUGACAUCGUCAUAGAGGUGCAACUGCCAGAGAACUGUCACCUGAUUGCCCACCUCCCACCACUCCAACUCCCUACACCCCGCUCACGCGACAAGCUAACGCUCUGUCUGUCUGUCUGUCUGUUUGUCUGUGUGUUCCACUCUUCUUUCUAUCAUCUCUGUCUCUGAUUUGAACAGGCAUCCAUCUACCCCGAAAUAUUUGGCUUUGUUUUGCUGAGGGGCGGCAUGAGAAACGAAUAAAGACAAGCUAUUACUACUACUGCUACUAUUAUUACUACUACUACUACUACUACUCCUACCAGCACCAACAACAUCACCGUCAUUUUCAACAUUGCCAUUACUAGCCGUCAGUUCGACUGGUGUUCAAACAAGCUCCUUGACUUAUGCUGUCCACCCAUGCCCACCACUUCAACCCUUUCUUUCCACUCCUUCCUCCUCUAUCCUUUCCUAAAACUCCAACCCUGACUCCGCUUCCCUAAUCCAUUUUCUCCUCCCGCUCCGCAAACACAUAACCCCCAUAUGCCCCGCCUAGCCUCCGACUUGGGCCUUUCUGCUUGUCCCUUUUUUUCUCUGCUCCCAACUCUGACAGAAAGUGAAAGUAAGAUAAAAGAAAAAAAAUAAAUAAAUGCAAAUAAAAGGAAAUAAACUAGAACGACUGUAGUGGGCAGCGGCAGAGGAUCUCUCCCCAUCGACUGAGAUGUGUAUCGAGAUCUGUCACCAGCCCCUGCUCCCUGGGCCCCACCCCCUGGUCCUUUCUCUUCUCCCUCACCCCCCCAUGCCGUGCCGUGCUGUGCUACGCCCUCCUUACAAACUACCGCCACGACCACCACCACUUUGUUUUCGACUCUACUCCACCCCCUACCUUUCUCUGAAACACCUCAACACAUCACAGCAUCUAACUAAAACAUACAUAUGUGUAUAGAUACAUGCAUAUAUAUAUAGAUACAUAUAUAUAUAUAUAUAUAUGCACAUAUGUGUAUAUAUACAUAUACACACACACACAUAUAUAAGUUAUAUAUAUAUAUAUUGACAUAAGAUUUUUAUGUAUAUGAAUAUAUACUUGUCUAUAUAUGUGUGAGUGUGUAUGUUAUCUAUAUGUAUAUAUAUAUAUAUAUAUAUAUAUAUAUAUACUACAUAAUACUCUAUAUCUCUAUGUAUUUGUGUAUGUGUGUAUAUGUAUAUACAUAUAUAUUGUAUAUAUAUAAAGUACAUAAAAUUAUUUGUGCAUAUGUGUACAUAUGUGUGUGUAUUUUUACAUACAUACAUUUUACACACAUAUAUAAUACUUGCUAGUAUAUAUCUAUACAUGUGUAUAUAUGUAUGUAUACUUAUAUCUACAAAUAUAUAUAUAUAUAUAUAUAUACAUACAUAUAUAUAUAUACAUAUACACAUAUAUAUAACCAAAUUUAUGUUAAUUUGUAUGCGUGUAUAAACAUACUUAUAUAUAUAUUUGUAUGUAUGUAUGUAUGCAUGUAAGUAUGUGUGUAUGCAUAUAUAUAUGAGAUUAUAAAUAUUCUGUGUGUUUGUGUAUAUAAUAAUAUAAAAAAAACAAUAUUAUUACUGUUAAUAUAUGUAUGUGUGUGUAUAUAUAUAUUGAAAUAAACAUAAUACUCUAAACAA